AUGGGCCUGACCGAGUACCAGUCUCCGACCUUCCACUCGACUGGAAACCCCUGUCUCGACUUCUUCUUCCACGUCGUCCCCGACACGCCGCCGGAGACCCUCACCCGCCGCCUUCAUCUCGCCUGGGAGCACGACCCGCUCAAGGCCCUCAAGCUCAUCUGCAAUUUACGAGGCACGAAAGGCACCGGCAAAGCCGACGAGGAAGGCGGCUACCGGGCCGCCCUCUGGCUCCACGAGAACCACCCCAUGACCCUCGCCCUCAAUUUGGACAAAUUCGCUGGGUUAGGGUCCUCCAAGGAUCUGCCCGAGAUCCUCUGCGGGAUUCUCCAAGGCCCCGACGCACGGGCGGUGUCUCAACAGGAUCGGGACCGCACAAAACAGAUGAGAUUCGCUAAAAUGCGCCGCAUCAGUUAUAACCGAUACAGGGGCACACCAAUGGACGAAGACGAUGACGACAACUCGAAUGACUGCUCGGAUGAAGAUGAGCCCAUGCCCAAGCCCAAGCCCAAGCCCGAUUCCAAAUCCGAGCCCACGGGAAAAAACGAGCCAGAAGCAGACAAGAAGAAAAGGCGUCUGAUGUGGAAGGCGAAGAAGCUCGAGUGGGCCAAACAGAGAAAAGAGGCCAAGAGGAUCAAGUGGGCUAGAAGGGCUGUAGAACGGUUCAACACCGAUCCCAACUUCAAAUUCCUCCACGAUCGUGUGUCCGAUUAUUUCGCCCAUCAUCUACGAUCCGACCUGGAGAUGCUGAGGCGAGGGGAGAUCUCGCGAAUCAGCCAAACCGCGAAGUGGUGCCCGUCUCUCGACUCGUCUCACGACAAGGUUACCCUCCUCUGCGAGAUGAUUGCAAAACGGGUUUUCCCGAGAGACGAGUGCCCGGAAUACGAAGGAGUCGAGGAGCCACACUAUGCCUACCGGGUGAGGGACCGUCUGCGAAAAGAGGUGCUCGGCCCACUUCGUAGAGCCCUUGAUCUACCCGAGCUGCACAUCGGGGCCAAUGAUUGGGGCUCCAUCGAUUACGAGCUUUUGGGAGCCGACGAGACGAGGCUGCUCGAGCGGCUAUUCUUGAAGCACGAUAAGGAGAGGUUCUGCAAGUACCUCGUGAAAUUGCGGAAAGGCGAGACGAAGAUUGGUGGUGCAGGGGAUUUGUUCCCUCACAAGAUUCUAGCCCCCGGCGGCUGCCAGGUGGCGGAGUUUCAGUGGUCGGGGAUGGUUGAUGACAUGGCGGAGAAGGGGAAGCUGAGAAACUGUUUGGCAAUCUGCGAUGUUUCGAGUAUGGAUGAGGAGUCGGUGAAGGCGGCGGCCGCGCUCGGGCUCUUGGUGUCGGAAUUGAGCGACGAGCCGUGGAAAGGGAAGAUGAUCACAUUUGCCGAUAAUCCUGAGCUUCGAUCGGUGGACGGGCUCAGUAGUAUAAAGAAGAAGGCGAGGUUCGUCAAGGGACUAAUGACCUGGGGUGAAAAGGACCUGCAGAAGGUUUUCGAUCUGCUGCUGAAGGUGGCUGUGGACGGUGGAUUGACGCCGGAGAAGAUGAUAAAGCGGCUGUUUGUGUUUAGCGACAUGGAAUUUAGCAAGGAGUCGGAGAAUGAGAUGGAGACUGAUGACGAGGCGAUUGUGAGGAAGGAGAAUGAGAUGGAGAUUGUGAGGAAGGAGAAUGAGAUGGAGACUGAUUACGAGGCCAUUGUGAGGAAGUUUGGGGAGAAAGGGUAUGGGAAUUGUGUGCCGGAGAUUGUGUUUUGGAAUGUAAGGGAAUCGAAGGCGACGCCGGUGGUGGCGGGUCAGGCGGGGGUGGCGCUGGUGAGCGGGCAUUCGAGGAAUUUGAUGAAGAUGUUUGUUGGGGAAAGUGGGGUUAGUGGGGAAAUGAAUCCGGUGGCGGUUAUGGAUUUGGCGAUUGCAGGGGAGGAGUAUGAAGGCUUGGUUGCCAUGGCUUCCAAAUGCUUCACAAUCACAACCCUCCACACCGCCGUCAAUUUCCCCCAAUUCUGCCAUGUCAAACCCCGCUACUUGUCCGCCAUUGCCGCCUCAUCGGCGCCGGCCGUCUCCCUCAUCGGCCCGGCCGAGAUCUACCGUACAUCCGCCUCCCCUCCUCCCCCCGCCGCCCCCAAGAAGUCGGACCCGUUCAUGGACCUCAUGCUCGCGAACUACAACAACCCACCGCCGAUGGGCGUGACGGAGAACAACUCCCCGACCUUCCUCUCCUCCGGCAACCACUGCCUCGAUUUCUUCUUCCACGUCGUCCCCGACACCCCGAAAGAGAGUGUCACCACGCGCCUAGAGCUCGCCUGGAAGGAAAACCCCCUCACUGCCCUGAAACUCGUCUUCAACCUCAGGGGCGUGCGUGGCACCGGGAAAUCCGACCGGGAGGGCUGCUAUGCCGCCGCCCUCUGGCUCCACGACCACCACCCCAAAACCCUCGCCGGCAACGUGGGCCCCCUCGCCGAAUUCGGCUACUUCAAGGACCUUCUGGAAAUCCUGUUCCGGAUCCUCGAGGGCCCCGACGCACGUGACCGGCUGAACGAGGCCCAUCAGCGGUGGAAGAUGAGGCAAGCGCAAAAUGAGAUGAAGCAAAAGUUCAAAGGAUACAACAAAUCAGUACCCCGCGGACCCUAUUUCCCCUAUUUCGCCUAUUCCCCCCAUUCCCCCUAUUUCCCCUAUUCCUCCCAUUCCCCCUAUUCCCCGAGAUCCACCACCAGCGGCUCGAAGCAGAGUAAGAGAACAGGACCGAAAUUGAGCCCCAAAGAGAUGAAAAUCGAGCGCGCCAAACGCGCGGUCGAGAAGUACAACACCGACCCCAAAUACCAGUUCCUGCACGACCGCGUGUCUGAUUAUUUCGCCAAGUGCCUCCGCGCAGACAUGGAGAUUCUCAACUCCAGCGACCAACCCAAGAGACUCAGCUUCGCCGCCAAAUGGUGCCCGUCCCUGUACGCCUUCUACGAUAAAUUCACCCUUGUGUGUGAAACAAUUGCGAAAAAGGUCUUCCCGAGGGCCGAUAUCCCAGAAUACGAAGGUUUGGGGGAGAUCCAAUAUGCGAGUCGUGUUAGGAACCGCCUUAGAAAGGAGGUUCUCGUCCCUCUGCGUAAAGCCCUGGAGCUGCCGGAGGUCCAUAUAGGGGCCGGCAACUGGGGCGCCAUAAAGUACAACCGCGUGGCUUCCCUUGCCAUGAAAAGGUACAAGCGGCUAUUCUUUAAACACGACGAGGAGAGGUUCCAAGAGUUUCUCGGGAAAGUGAAAAAGGGGGAGGCGAAGAUUACCGCCGGAGCCCUGCUGCCACAUCAGAUAAUCUCGGGAUUGUAUGACGGCGAGGCUGACGGCGGCGAGGUGGCGGAGCUUCAAUGGAAGAGGAUGGUGGAUGACGUGGCGAAGCACGGGAAGUUGAGUAACUGCCUGGCGGUUUGCGACGUGUCGGGGAGUAUGCACGGGAUUCCGAUGGAUGUGUCGGUGGCAUUGGGAUUAUUGGUUUCGGAGAUUAGUGAGGAGCCGUGGAAGGGAAAGGUGAUCACUUUCAGCGCGAAACCCCAGCUUCAUGAAGUCAAGGGAGAAAGCUUGAGGGAGAAGACUGAGUCUGUGCAGAGGAUGGAUUGGGAGAUGAACACCGACUUCCAGAAGGUUUUUGAUUUGCUGCUUUCGGUGGCUGUGGAAGGGAAUCUGAAGCCGGAGAAUAUGAUAAAGAGGAUUUUUGUUUUCAGUGAUAUGGAGUUUGACCAGGCGUCACUGAACCCGUGGGAAACUGAUUACCAAGCGAUUGUGAGGAAGUUUGGGGAGAAGGGUUAUGGUGAUUGUGUGCCGGAGAUUGUGUUUUGGAAUCUGAGGGACUCGCGGGCCACGCCAGUGCCGGCCCACCAGUCAGGGGUGGCGCUGGUGAGCGGGUUUUUGAAGAAUCUGAUGCAGGUGUUUUUGAAGGAGGGAGGGGUUAUCAGUCCCCUGGCAGCUAUGGAGUUGGCGAUUUCGGGCGAGGAGUAUGAACAGCUGAUCCACCAAAAACCCUCCCCGCCGUCCCCCGUCUCCCUCAUCGGCCCGCCCGAGAUCUACCAAAAACCCUCCGCCCCGCUUUCUCCCGCUGCCCCCAAGAAGACGGACCCGUUCAUGGACGCCAUGAUCGCGAACUACAACAACUUCGUGGCCCCGACCCCAUCGAUGAUGGGCCUAACGGAGAACUACUCGCCGACCUUCCUCUCCUCCGGCAACCACUGCCUCGAUUUCUUCUUCCACGUGGUCCCCGACACCCCGGCGGAGAGUGUCACCAGGCGCCUGGAGCUCGCCUGGAAGGAGGACCCUCUGACGGCCCUGAAGCUCGUCUUCAACCUCAGGGGCGUGCGGGGCACCGGGAAAUCCGAUCGGGAGGGCUGCUACGCCGCCGCCCUCUGGCUCCACGACAACCACCCCAAAACCCUCGCCGGCAACGUGGGCCCCCUUGCCGAAUUCGGCUACUUCAAGGACCUUCUGGAAAUCCUGUUCCGGAUCCUCGAAGGCCCCAACGCACGUGACCUGAUGAACGAGGCGCACGAGCAGUGGAAGUUGAGGCAAGCGAAAAAGGAGAUGAAGCAAAAGCUCAAAGAAGACAAAUCGGCCAGCGGAGCCUAUUCCCUGAGAUCCAUCAGGGGCUUGAAGCAUAAUAAGACUGGGCCGAGAUUGAGCCCCGAGGAGAAGAGGAUCGAGCGCGCCAAACGCGUGGUCGAGAGGUACAACACCGACCCCAACUACCAGUUCCUGCACGAGCGCGUGUCCGAUUAUUUCGCCAAGUGCCUCCGCUCAGACAUGGAGAUACUCAACUCCGGUGGCCACCCGAGGAAAAUCAGCUUCGCCGCCAAAUGGUGUCCUUCCCUGUAUUCCUUCUACGAUGAACUCACCCUAGUGUGCGAAACAAUCGCGAAAAAAGUUUUUCCGAGGGCCGAGUUCCCGGAAUACGAAGAUUUGGAGGAGGCCCACUACGCUUAUCGUGUUAGGGACCGCCUUCGAAAGGAGGUGCUGGUCCCUCUUCGUAAAGCCCUGGAGCUGCCGGAGGUCCACAUUGGAGCCGGCAACUGGGUCUCCAUCCGGUACAACCUGGUGGCUUCUCUUGCCAUGAAACUGUACAAGAGACUAUUCUUUAAGCAUGAUGGGGAGAGGUUCAAAGGGUUCCUUGGGAAAGUGAAAAAGGGGGAGGCGAAGAUCACUGCCGGAGCCCUGCUGCCCCACCAGAUAAUCUCGGGAUUGUAUGAUGGUGAGGCUGAUGGCGGCGAGGUGGCGGAGCUCCAGUGGAGGAGGAUGGUGGAUGACGUGACGGAGCACGGGAAGUUGAGUAACUGUUUGGCGGUUUGCGACGUGUCGGGGAGUAUGGCCGGGAUUCCGAUGGAUGUCUCGGUGGCACUGGGGCUAUUGGUCUCGGAGAUUAGUGAGGAGCCGUGGAAGGGAAAGGUCAUCACUUUCAGCGAGAGACCCCAGCUUCAUGUAGUCAAGGGGGAAAGCUUGAAGGAGAGGACUGAGUUUGUGAGGAGGAUGAAUUGGAUGAUGAACACCGACUUCCAGAAGGUUUUUGAUUUGCUGCUUGCGGUGGCUGUGGAAGGGAAACUGAAGCCGGAGAAUAUGAUAAAGAGGGUGUUUGUUUUCAGUGAUAUGGAGUUUGACCAGGCGUCACUGAACCCAUGGGAGACUGAUUACCAAGCGAUUGUGAGGAAGUUUGGGGAGAAGGGUUAUGGUGAUUGUGUGCCGGAGAUUGUGUUUUGGAAUCUGAGGGACUCGAGGGCCACGCCAGUGCCGGCCCACCAGCCAGGGGUGGCGCUCGUGAGUGGGUUUUCAAAGAAUCUGAUGAAGGUGUUUCUGAAGGAGGGAGGAGUUUUCAAUCCCCUGGCAGCUAUGGAGGCAGCGAUUUCGGGUAAGGAGUAUGAUAAGCUGGUCGUGUUGGAUUAA